CUCUCUCUCUCUCCUUGCUCUUGAAUCAAAUCAACUUCAGUCCCUCCCAUCAACUCUAGAAAAACACACACAACAACAUAUUCUCGUCACAAUGGCUCCCCCCAAAGUAGCUAUCGUCUUUUAUUCCAUGUACGGCCACAUUCAGAAGUUGGCUGAGGCUGAGAAGGAAGGUCUCAAGAAGGCCGGCAUCGAGGCCGAUCUCUACCAAAUCCCCGAGACCCUAUCUGAUGAAGUUCUCGGAAAGAUGCACGCCCCUGCCAAAUCCAACAUCCCAAUCGCUGAUGCGGCAACCCUCGAGAAAUACGAUGCUUUCCUCUUCGGUAUCCCAACUCGUUAUGGGAACUUCCCUGCUCAGUGGAAGGCCUUCUGGGACACCACCGGAAAACAAUGGGCUUCUGGAGCUUACUGGGGCAAAUACGCCGGCGUCUUUGUUUCCACUGGCACCCCAGGCGGUGGCCAAGAGACCACGGUCAUCAACGCUUUGUCGACCUUGGCCCACCACGGCUUCAUCUACGUCCCAUUGGGCUACAAGACCGCAUUCCCUAUCCUUGCCAACCUCUCAGAAGUCCGAGGUGGCUCUCCAUGGGGUGCUGGUACCUACGCCGGUGGAGAUGGAUCCCGCCAACCAACUCCUCUGGAAAUCGAGCUUGCAACCGUCCACGGCGAGGCUUUUGCCACGGCUAUCAAGAAGGUCAACUUCUAAGCUGAUGGAUCCGUGGGCCGGAUUCGUUCGCUGAGAACAAAGCUAGGCGCAGCAAAGAUCGACAUAGCGGCGAGAGAUGAUAUUGGCGGAACAGGAAUGAGCAGCAAGGCGCUA